UCACGUGGACCGCUGCGUGCUUUGUUCACUGUUACAGUACGGUCGGUAUACUUCGUUUCACAUGCUCGAGAUCGCCGCUGCGAGCUACAAAACCAUGGGUCUCUUCAAAACCGUACUGGCGGCCACAGGCUGGACAUCGCUGGGUGGCACAGCGGGAUAUCUGCUCUGGACGCGUAAGACGAGUAUUGUCGACGUGCCGCCCUCGGACUACUUGUUCAACUCGACGCUCUUCGCACGAUACAAUCCGAAUAAUGCGCCUGUCACGCAAGAUUUGGCCGUGCGCCGUGUGCCAUUGAGCCAGAUCAAGCCCGAAUUACUAGAAAAGGAUGGCAAAUUGGCAGAGGCAUUUUGCGCUGGCGUGUGGAGUGGUCUCGGCUUCGCAUACCAACGCAGAUUUCUCGAGAAAAAAUACCGCAACGACCCCGCGACGGCCGACCAUCUGUGGGACACGCGCGACCUGAAAGCCUCGACGUAUGAGGUUGGGACCAAGAUCACCGACCACUUCGAAGUGGUCUCCAAGACGCCAGAAUCAAUUAUCGUUCGAUGCGGAGAUUCGCCUCGCGUGCAAGACGUUCGAGAGAGCGAUGGCCUUUUUGAAAUGAGUGCUGUGAUUCGAAAAGAUGAAGGAGUGGCCGUCCUGGGCUUGAAGAGCCUCUUCUACAACGGGCUCGCACAGCCCGACCAGACGGGUACGCCAGGAUCGGGCCCCAUGGGUACCUGGAUUCAGUGGCUGCAUCAACAAUACGACAAGGUGUUAAUGGAGACGGCCCUCAAGAACAUCACGCAAUAGAAGAGAGAGAAAAAAAAAUUGUGGCGUGAUGAUGCGAUGGGACUCGGGGCUUUUUUUCUCUCGUUAGUCGAGAAAGCGAGCGUCGUCGUCGUAUGCAAAGCCAGCUGGAGCAGUCUCGAGGAGCGGCGAGUCAUCUGUUCGCUUGAGGACCUCCAAGCAAACCGCUCGGACCUUGCUCGUGCACACUUCGCGGAUUUGGCCGGUGAUGGAGCUGGAAAAGCGCAGCCACGCAGUCUCGGCUGCUUCUAAGAUGGCGUCUGCAAUAUUCUCCACUAAAUCUUCU